CCUAUCUCCUUCGUUCCAUAGAUGCUGCUGCACCCGCUGAGUUUCUCCAACUUUUUUGUGUACCUUCGAUUUUCCAGCAUCUGCAGUUCCUUCUUAAAAACUAAUUACUAGACCUAUGUGAUCUCCACGUUGCCAAACACUUUAACUCCCCCUCCCAUUCCCACACUGACCUUUCUGUCCUGGGCCGCCUCCACUGUCAGAGUGAGGCCCAAUGCAAAUUGGAGGAACAGCAUCUCAUAUUUUGCUUGGGCAGCUUACAGCCCAGCGGUAAACAGUAAAAGGCCUGUUCCUCUUGCCAAUUAUUUGAACAUUUCAAAAUCCAGCGACGACAAAAAAAAUUGUUGCGACACCUGAGGAAACAUUGCGCGUCAAUACGUCAUCAUGCCGUGUCACGCCGCAUCACGUUGCGGCGUUUUCAGUGACCUGAUACGUCAGUUCCAUGAUGCCAGCAGUCGCCGAAUAAAUCACCCAGUGGGACAGGCCCUUUACUACUGAUAUCUCUAACUUCACGUAACCCUUGCUUUCCCUCUCUCUCGAUCCCUCCCCCACACUAGUCAUUGUGGUCGCUUCAUAAUCUUGAAACUUGUCUGUAACUUGUAAAUCUCUGAUUGUUCUGAACCUUUGCACACCCCUAGUUUCCCUCCCUCCCCCCUUGACUCUCAGCCUGAAGAAAGGUCUCGACCCGAAACGUCACCUAUUCUUUUUCUCCAGAGAUGCUGCCUGACCCGCAGUUACUCUUUUUGUGUCUAACUCAUUACUUAAACUAGUGUAUGGUGCUAGUGUGCGGGUUGGCAUGGACUUAGUGGGCCGAAGGGCCUGUUUCUGUGUUGUAUCUCUAAAGUCUAAAGCUUCUUCUGAAUGGUCCUUCCAUAAGCUAGGGUACUGUUCGAUUCACCUCUACCCCAUUGUGGACAUUGAACUUUGUCUAUGGAACUGAUGCGCUACAAUGCUGGGAACUAUAUUCUGCACUCUGUAUCUUCCUCUUUGCUCUGCCCACUGUACUUCAGUUUGACGAUUGUAUUUAUAUGUGUUAUUAUCAGAUUUAAUUAGAUAGCUUGCAAAACUGUACCUCGGUACAUGUGACAAUAAAAAAAACAAAAAUUGAUUCAGGGUUGUGCAACUAAUAGCAUUGCAGUCUCACAGCACCAGAGACAUGGGUUUGAUCCUGACCUCGGGUGCUGUCUGUGCGGAGUUUGCACAUUCUCCCUAUGACCGCGUGAGUUUCUUUCCACGUUCUGGGGACGUGUGGGUUUGUUGGUUAAUCGGCCCUCUGUAAACUGCCCCCUAGUGUGCAGGGAGUGGAUGAGAAAGUGGGAUAACAUAGAACUAGUGUGAAUAGGACUGUUAUUUGCUGAGAGAAUGGAGCGGCUGGGCUUGUACACUCUAGAGUUUAGACGGAUGAGAGGGAUUCUUAUUGAAACGUAUAAGAUUGUUAAGGGUUUGGACACGCUAGAGGCAGGAAACAUGUUCCCGAUGUUGGGGGAGUCCAGAACCAGGGGCCACAGUUUAAGAAUAAGGGGUAAGCCAUUUAGAACGGAGACGAGGAAACACAUUUUCUCACAGAGAGUUGUGAUUCUGUGGAAUUCUCUGACUCAGAGGGCAGUGGAGGCCGGUUCUCUGGAUACUUUCAAGAGAGAGCUAGAUAGGGCUCUUAAAGAUAGCGGAGUCAGGGGAUAUAGGGAGAAGGCAGGAACGGGGUACUGAUUGGGGAUGAUCAGCCAUGAUCACAUUGAAUGGCAGUGCUGGCUCGAAGGGCUGAAUGGCCUACUCCUGCACCUACUGUCUAUUGUCUAUUGUCUAUUGAAUGGGUGAUCAAUGGUUGGUGUGGACUCAGUGGGCCAAAGGGUCUGUUUCUAUGUUAUAUUGCUAAACUAAUUGCUAAACUAAUCAAAACCCUCCUCUUCUGCUUAGUUCUUUAAUCUCUGGUUACUGACGUCUGCCUUUGGAAGGAGUUUAAUCUAUAUAUUCUCUGAAUAUCCCUUAUCAUCUUCAGUAUAUGUCAAAAGCUACCCGUCCUGCCUGCCUCAGUCUCCACAUAGGUGCUUUCAUUUAGUUUAGAGGUAAUUUAGUUUAGUUUAGUUUAGUUUAGAGAUACAGCAUGGAAACAAGCUGUUUAGCCAACCGAGUCUGUGCCGACCAGCGAUCACUAGGUCCAUCCGACACACUAGGGAAAAUUUACAGUGGGCCAAUUAACCUACAAACCUGCACGUCUUUAGAGUGUGGGAGGAAACCGGAGCACCCGGAGAAAACCCAUGCGGUCAACGUACAAACUCUAUACAGUCAGCACCCGUAGUCAGGAUCAAACAUGGGUUUCUGCCGCUGUAAGGCCAGAGUAGGUUAAUUGUCCCUCUGUAAAGUGCGUAGGGAGUGGCUGAGAAAGUGGCAUAACGUAGAACUAGCGUGAAUGGCUGAUCGAUGAUCGACGUGUUCUCGGUGGGCCUAUUUCUGCUCUGUACCUCUAAACUAAAAAGCCCCUGCACAUUGUAAGUUUUGCAGGCAGGAAAUGCUGCAUAUUAGCGUCUUAAUUAAACACCACGAAAGGUGACAGGAAGCAACAAAAAGAGCCUCUCCCACAUACCGAGCUGAGCAAAUUGUUUCUUUUGUGGUGAGAGGGGCUUAGAGUCAAGCUGGAAAUUCUGAUGGAUUCAGUGCAAGUUUGACUGGGUUAUUAUACAAAAAGGUUCUCAGGGUACAGGUGGAAUGUUUAGUCUUUCACCAUGACCGUGACUGGUUGGAAAGUCACUUUGCAGUUUUCCACUUGGUUUAGGAGGUGGAUGACCAAGUGUGGGUCUACCUAACGACCGGGCUUCACAUAUAUAAGAAACUCCCAUGUUGAGUGUCACAGCAGUAGGACGCAUGAGGGACUGAAGGUUGGCGAGUUACCCUGCAGUGAACUCAAGCAAGAAUACUGCGUUAAGGGGGCCAGCUACUGAAGGCCGCUGAGAAGCACUUUGGAUCAGAAGCUGAUCAUGGAAGAUCGUUAUCGGCGAGCACAGAUUUACACUGUGGAUGGCAAUCCCAAUCUCUCUCGGUAUCCCAAUGCGUCUACGCCCCCAGUUUUGCCACCAAGGCAGAAGCAAUCUAAGAAGGACUGGCAGAAAGUAUGUACGGUUGCAAUACUGAUCCUAUCGUUAAUAAUACUGGCGUGUCUGGCACUGGGCACCACAUACUUAAUUCAACUCAAGAUGCAAUUCGAGAAAAUCAAACAGGUUCAGAAAGAGGAAAGUUCACCGGCAAAGAUGGUUGGGGGUCCGAAGGUUACAGAGUUCCCAACAUUUGCUGCACAUCUCACAGGAAUGCAUUUCAUUAAGAAUUCAAAGACACUGCUGUGGGAUGCCACGAUGGCCAAUGCCUUCACAAGUGGAAUCCGUUACAAAGAAGGCGCUUUGAUCAUCGACGAUCCUGGCUACUUUGCAAUCUACUCAAAAAUCUACUUCCGAGGGCCUGGAUGCAAAUCGCACACUCUGCUGCAACAGACGGUCUUCAAACGAAACAAACUCUUUCCCGCUGAUUUCACUCUCAUGAUCGCCAGAAGCAACUUGUAUUGCCCCGAGAAGCAGGAGUUCUGGUCAAGGAACAGUUUUCAAACAGGAAUAUUUAAAUUACAGAAAGGAGAUCACAUAUAUGUGAAUGUGUCAAAUCCAAUGUUAGUUAAUUUUGAUCAAUUUUACACUUUUUUUGGACUACAUAAGCUUUAGUUUAGGCCAGUCAUAUUAAAUUCUAUCUACGUCUAUGGAUCAUAGGCCUAUUUAAACUUUUAAGUUAUUUUUUUUGCGUAUGAUAUGCACAGUGUAACCCAUGUGUCUUAAUCAGGCAUUGAAUGAAACCCAAUUGAAUAUGUAUAUAUAUAUUUGAAAUAUAUAGCGAAAAAAAAUACACAUACACGCGCACACACACUUUUAUUGGACUACAUAAGCUUUAUUUUAUACCAGUCAUUUUAAUUCUAUCUAUUCCUUUGGAUCAUAGGCCUAUUUACCUGAGUAAGCUAUCAAGUUUUAUUUUAUGAUAUUUUAGGAAUUCGGAUAUCCCGGAUCUUGUGGGUCAUGUGGAGAACAUACACACUCCAUACAGACAGCACCCGUAUAUAUAUAUAUAAUGUAACCUUAUUAGCCAAUUCUAUUGAAAAAAAAUGCAUGCAAUGAGGGUGAAAGUGAUGUUCGCAGAUAAUAUUUGCAGUUAUUUGACAGCAUUGAUGUAUAAUCAUAAUUAGAUAUAACGAAAUGUGGUUUUCAAUAGGCAUGGAUAUGCAGGGAAUGGAGGGAUAUGGAUCACGUGCAAGCAGAUAGUAUUAGUUUAUCUUUGCAUUAUGUUCAGCAUAGACAUUAUGGGCUGAAGGGCCUGUUCCUGGACUGUACUGUUCGAUGUUCUAUGUUCCAUAAAUAAUUUCAUGGAUUGUAAUUUUUAUUUUUUAUGUUAUAUUUUUAACAGUAAUGAUUUGAGAAUAUGACCACUUGCUAGAUACUGCUGAAAAGUAUCUCAUGCAUAAAUAUAUAUCGAUAUCAAGAAGCUUUGCACAGUUUAAUGUCCUUGGCAGCAAGAAUGUAAAGAAGGUUUUGGGAACUAUGUUUGUAAUGGUUACGGAUGGAGAAUAAAAUAUAAAAGCAGAAGGGUGCAAUGAUGUCUAAAUAGUUUUCUUUGUACGUUGGAGUCUUGGGCAAUCAGUGAAAGUUCAAUUAGGUCACCGAGUUCUUAAUCCAAACACUUCAUGGUGGCGCAGCGGUAGAGUUGCUGCCUUGCAGCACCAGAGACCCCAGGUUCCAUCCUGACUACGGAUGCUGUCUGUACGGAGUUUGUACGUUUUCCCGCUAACCUGCAAGGGUUUUCUCUGAGAUCUUCGGUUUCCUCUCACACUCCAAGGAUGUACAGGUUUGUGGGUUAAUUGGCUUGGUAUAAAUGUAAAUUGUCCCUAGUGUGUGUAGGAUAGUUUUAAUGUGCGGGGAUCGCUGGUAGGCGUGGAUGGGUGGGCCGAAGGGCCUGUUUCUGCACUGUAACUCUAAGCUAAUCGGAACUUGAACUUCCUUGGAGUCAAUAUUACCAAGGAUCUGUCAUGGACUCUCCACAUUGAAGAGGCAGCCAUGAAGGCACAGCAAUCCCCUUAUUUCCCUUGGAGAUUCAGCAUGUCUCUGACAAACUUCUACAGAUGCGGCAUAGAAAGGAACCUACUGGGAUACAUCACAGCUCGGUUUGGGAACAGCUCUGCCCAAGACCGCAAGAAAUUGCAGAGGGUUGUAGAUAUAGCCCAGUCCAUCACGCAGAUCAGACUCCCCACCAUUGACUCCAUCUACACUUCACACUGCCUUGGAAAAGCAGCCAACAUAACCAAAGACUUGUCCCACCCUGGUUAUUCCUUCUUCUCCCUGCUCCUUUCUGGCAGGGUAGAGAAGCUUGAAAGUCCGCACCACCAGACUCAGGAACAGCUACUCCCCCCUCUGUUAUUAGGCUUCUGAACAAUCCUUCUAUAAGCUAGGGCACUGUCCGAUUCACCUCUACUCCAAUGCAGACAUUGGACUUUGUCUCUGGAACUGGGGCACUACAAUGCUGAGAAAUAUAUUCUGCACUCUGUAUCUUCCCCUUUGCUCCACCUAAUGAACAAAAACUUGACUUGAUUGUAUUUAUGUUGUAUAUCUGAUCACAUUGGAUAGCAUGCAAAGCAAAGCUUUUCACUGUACCUUACUACACGUGACAAUGUUACUUAAACCUGAACCUAAACUAUGUUGCAAAUCAAUGUGAUGGGUUAAACGUGGGCAUAGAUACCUGUCCCACCCUUCCUCACCUGAUCAUAAGGUCAUAUGGUAGAAUUAGGCCUUUCGGCCCAUCAAGUCUACUCCGCCAUUCAAUCAUGGCUGAUCUAUCUCUCCCUCCUAACCCCAUUCUCCUGUCUUCUCCCCAAAAACGCUGACACCCGUACUAAUCAAGAAUCUAUGUAAUUCUGCCUUAAAAAUAUCCAUUGACUUGCCCUCCACUGCCUUCUGUGGCAAAGAAUUCCACUGAUUCAACCCCCUAUGACUAAGGAAAUUUCAUCUCAUCUCCUUUCUAAAAGAACGCCCUUUAAUUCUGAGGAUGUGAUUGCUGGUCCUAGACUCUCCCACUAGUGGAAACAUCAUCCCCACAUCCACUCUAUCCAAGCCUUUCACUAUUCUGUACGUUUUGAUGAGGUCCCCCCUCAUUCUUCUAAACUCCAGCGAGUACAGGCCCAGUGCAGACAAACGCUCAUCAUAUGUUAACGUACUCAUUCCUGGGAUCAUUCUCGUAAACCUCCUCUGAUGGGUUGCAGCAUGUUGAAGCGCCUUUGGGAGAACUGAAGGUACUCAAUACCCACUGGAAAGGGGAUAACAAAUGGUGGAUUGUGGUAUGAGGGACCUAUGCCACUUUGAGGUAACUGUUCCACAUACAGCUGACAUCUUAAAGGGGAAGUGCGUCGUGCCUCGGCAGUUUGCGGUUGCACGGAACUCAUUCCGACUGGGAAUAAGGUGCGAGGGUUUAAAGGGGAUGUGAGGGGUAAGAUUUUGUACACAGAGGGUGGUGAGUGCCUGGAACGUGCUGCCAGGGGUGGUGGUGGAGGCAGAUACAAUAGUGGUGUUUAAGGGGCUUUUAGAUCGGCACUUGGAUUUGCAGGGAAUACAGAGAUAUGGAUCAUGUGUAGGCAGAGGAGAUUAGUUUAACUUCGCAUCGUGUUCGGCAUGGACAUUGUGGGCUGAAGGGCCUGUUCCUGUGCUGUGCUGUUCUUUGUUCUAUAUUCUUCAACCUAAUGUUGUCUAUGGGGGUAUGCUGAGGAUAUCUCACCUGUUCAGAAAACUCUUGGAUGGCUGAGAAGGGUCUCGUCCUGAAACGUCACCUAUUCCUUCUCUCCAGGGAUGCUGCCUGUCCCUGGUGUUACUCCAGCAUUAUGUGUCUAUCUUAGGUGUGGGGCCGAAAGCUUUCUGGCCUUGGAGGCUGUAGAGGCUAACAAUUAGAGUAACCAAAUGGGCUGGAGAGGAAGCGAAAAUUCCCCACUUAAUCCUUGGAGUUCACUACAUCUGACAGUUACAAAGAUUCACUUUGUUGAUUAUAUUCAUAAGGUCAUAAGGUCAUAAGUGAUAGGAGCAAAAUUAGGCCAAGUCUACUCCGCCAUUCAAUCAUGGCUGAUCUAUCUUUCCCUCUGAACCCUAUUCACUUGCCUUCUCCCCAUAACCCUUGACACCCGUGCUAAUCAAUAAUUCUUGUAGAAAGAUCUUUUGAUUUAAAGGCAUCAGGAGAUUUGGGGACUGGUGUUCGCAGUGGAAGAUUGGUGGUAUUGCUGGUUGUGACUCUUCUUCAGACCGGAAGAAGUCUGGAGUCUUAAGAAGGGGCCCGACUCGAAACGUCAACCGUCCUUUUUCUCCAGAGAUGCUGGCUGACCCACUGAG